AUGACAAAACACAAAGGAUAUUAGUAGAGCGAUUUUUAACAUAUUGCAAAAUCCUAAGUAAAAUAUAGAAUUAGUUAUGGAUAAGAUUGGUAAAAUAGAAGUCAAACUUCAUAAUCUAUAAAUGUAUGGUAUAGUAUGAUGCUGAAAAUAGUAAAGAAAGAAUUACAAUUCCCGAUAGUUUAGAAGAUUAAUAAUUAUUAAGUAAUAGUUUGAUACUUAAAUUUAGAUUUAAUUUUAAUAGGGUAAAUUAUAUGUUGAAAAUCAUAUUUACUUAUAAAAAAUAAUUUUGAAUUAUAUUAAAUACUUUUUAUUUAUUAAUAAUAAUUUAACACAUAAUUUUAAUGUCAUAAUUAAGUGCUUAUAAUCUGUAAAAAUAGUUAUCAUAAUAAUAAGUCUUGAAGAAUUUUCAAAAUAGAAUGAAGUUGAAAUACUAUCAUAUAAAGUGACUUUUUUAAAGAAUAUUAAUGUUUUGGAAAUUGAUCCUGUAUAAUCUAAUUUCACUUAAUAAAGGGUAAUUAAUAAUCAUUUUCUAUCCAAACAUUUACAUACUUGUAAUUCUUUCAUUUAGAAAGUUUAAAAAUAAUCUAUAUAAACUGCUAUUGGUAUUAUUCAUAAUUAUUUAGCUACUAUGGGUGUACCUUUUGCUCCAGAAUUGAAUGAAAUUAAUUUUAAAAAUUAAGAUCAGGUAUAUAAUUUUAUAACAACAAAUCUUAAAGAUUCCUUUAUGAUUUAAGAAAUUCAACACAAUUCAAGUACAGUUUGCAUUAGUUUUUGUCCUGAAUUAGAUUCUUUUUGUAUUUCUUCUGGAACAUAAACAAUUGUUUGUUACAAUGAAAAAGAUAUUGAUUUAUUUUAGGAACCUAUGCAUGAGAGACCACGUUAAGUAGCCUCUUAAUUUUUUAACUUUUUUAAUAGGAUGCCAAUAAAAUAAUAGAAUAAUUUUAUUCAAGAUUUAAUUAAUAGAAGUUUGAUAGGUUGUUACAACCUUAAAAAAUAUAUUGAAUGGUUUGCUAUAGUUGAACAUUAUUCAGAAUAAAGAAUGAUGGAUCCAAUUACAGUUAAGAAUUUUUUAAAUCAUUACAAAUUAUUAUCUGCUUAAACAUAAUAAACCUCAUGUACACCUAUUAAAUUAUAACAAUAUUUUUAUUAAAUUCAUAAUUAAUCAAUUGAAUAAUUUCAUGACUAUUAUAAAGGUAAAACCUUAUAUUUUUGGAAAGAUAAUACAUUUCUAGGAUGUUGUUUCAUACCAAAUAGAUAAUAUUCUAUUUUAAAUCAAUUAAGAUUAAUUUUAUUAAAUAAAGAAAAGUAUCUUAAUAAAUAAGAACCUUAUUAAUACCUUUCUAAAUUUAAUCUAAAUGAUUAAGAUUUAGAAUUCUAUAAAAAAUAUACAGAUAGGAUGUUAGAAAUUCCAGAAACUAUUAAAAACAAAUAUUAAUUUUCUUAAUUAUCAAUUAAUACUCUUAAUAUCAUUAAUUAAGAAUUAUCUAAUUAAUAAUAAUAAAAAAAUAAUAUUAUUCCUAAUUCUAUAUAAUAAACUAUUAUAGUUGUUAUUCCAAUAGGAAUUUUAGGUAUGGGAUAUGAAAAAUUGUGUAACUUUAUUUAAAAAGCAGUUUAAAGAGUAUAAAUAAUUAGUAAGCCAGAUUAAAUUAAUGAAUAAAAUUAAUUAUAUUUUUAUGAGAAAAUAUGCAAUCUAAAAGAAUUAGAAUAAAUCAAUAAAUAAUUGAAAUAAUUAUCAUUAAACUUAAAAACUAUAGCUCUAUUACCUGAAUGCAAUUUCUCAUAUAAUUAAAAGAAUUCAUAAUUCAAUUUUCCUUUUUCUUUCAACUUUAUCAUGUAUUGUUUACUUUCUGUUUUGAAUGAUAAGAAUUAAGUUAAAGAAGUCAUAAAUUAGUUGAAAGAAUUUCAAAAUUAAAAACUAACUAAUUUUUGUACAGAUUAUAUUGUGUAUUGUCGUUUUAUGCCAAAAGAGAAAGAAACAGAUGAUCUCUAUAGUGAAUUGGUUGAAUAAGAUUUUUAAGCUGCUCUUAAAUCAGAGAAUGAUUAAUUAAUUGAAAGCUUAUCAUAAUAUAAAGAGACACUUAAAAAUAUAGGGGAUAACUUUUUAAAAAAAGAAACAAAGAGAGUUUUAUAAUCUAUACAAGAAAAGUCUCAAUUAAUAUUAAGAAAAAGUGUUUAAUUUUAAAUUGAAAAAAAUAAUAAUUUAUAAUAUGGUUUAUUUAUUGAGAAACCAGAUUGGGAUGCAAUUGAUAAUUUUGUAAAAUCUUGUUUAGAAAUCAUAGUUUAAUAAUAUCCAAAUGAUUCAGGCAUUAAUAGAAUGUAUCAUUAGUAUGAUAAUUAAUUCAAAUCUUAAGAUGCUGUAUAUAUGAAAAUGAAUCAUCCAUACAUGUAAACUAGAUAAUUAUAAGAGAAAAUAAUAGAUGCCAAAGUUUCAAUAGGAGUAAUUAUAGUGGAUGGAAUUAUUAUGUUACAUCCAUAAGAAUUAGGAUUAAAUUUAUUAUAAGAUAUUCCAAUAUAUUCUCAUAAUAUUGAUAGUCUUAAAAGUAAUAAGGUUUCAGAACAAUUAAAAAUAGAUGUUAGAAAAAUGUAGAGAUAAAAUAUUGAAGAGAGAAAUAUUUAUAAGAAAUAAGUAGAUUUCAAUAGAAAAAGUUGGGAUGCUUAUAUUGUUAAAUUUACACCAAUUAAUAUAAAAUUAGUAGGGAAAUAAAUAAAUUGA